UUGGAAAAGCAGUGCAAUUGUCAGCCCGCACAAAAAGCAUCGGGUGAGGGGCGCACUGAUCGCCGCUAAAACCACAGCACUACCGAGCUCCAAAGAGUGCACUCAAAUAAUAAGGGAUUAGGUGGGAUUGAAAAGGCAGCUGAUUCUGGUUUGCGUUGCAUGGGCGGUCGGAUGAGGUUCUGCUGGAUCUGCCCCGGUCCUUGCAUGCUUGCAGAGAACGCAGCGAAUGCGAUUUCUGGAGUUGUGUGCAGGAUGAGACUCCCUCGCAGGAAAUUCAUGCAUCACUGCCAGUCAGCGAAGGACGAGCAAGUACCGAGUACUGUACCUCCAGCGAGCAGCCUGCAUGGUGGCGCCAACAUAUAUUCCACGGUGCUGACCUUCUCGAAAGGGAAGAAACACACAAAGCAGAGAGACAACUGCAGGCACUGCAGGGCAGGUCGCAGCUGGUCAGUUGCCUCUCCGGGCAAGGUGCAGGUGAAGAAAAGCAGCAUGAUUGGCAGGGCAAUUUGAUGGAGAAAACCUGGCUGGUAUCCAAUGAAUGGGCAGGGUUUCAGGAAAUUUCAAUUCAAAGACAUUUUCCCGUCCACU